AUGACCGCUUCGAUUACUGUCCGCAACUUCUUCGACGAGGAAGAGACUAUAGGUAAAACAUGUAAUAAUCACAAAAAAAUGUUUAUUUUUGCUUUUUCAGUACACCUAAAUGUCCAAUUGUAUCAGACAAAUGGCAAGACUUACUAUUUCCCGGAUUUUCAAGCAACUGAACAGUUUCUGAUGCAAGACGAUUUUGAGCAACUCUACAUUUGUAUUGAGCUAGAAGAGCCGCUGGAAUGGCUGUCAAUGGAAAAGUCUAGCAAAGCCGGAAGAAUGAUCAAAGGCAAGUUGAGCACAAUUUUUACUACAGUUUUUCUAAAAAAACACUUUUUAAAUGUCUCAAUUGUCCCUACAAAACACGAGCUAGACCGUCAUAUUCUUUAGACGCCGCCAAAGACGCGAAACUUUACCUUCAUAUUAUGAGGCUCUCGGAUGAGAUCGAAAUGCGCCGUACAUUCGCUCCUUUCAUGGAAGAGGUUGCGCCAGUUGCAGACCGUUUAAAAUGUGGCUUCGACGACCUAAUGUUCUUUCAAGGAUGCAGUCCUAAAACGGUCCAAAUAUUUUGUGACGAUCUGCCUAACACCCGGAAGAAAAUUUUUUGUAAGUUAUAUUAUAGCUGUAUGUUUUUAAAACAGAGUUUUUUACAAACUGAAGGUUCCCUCCAAGGGGCCGGACAUUGUUGCAACGACCAUCACCAAAUUUCUUGAAACUUGGCCAGUAGAAGGGCCUGGUCAUGCUGACAAAAAGCGAUAUCGGGUUUUGCGAAGUUUCACCCAUUCCGGGAUUACUGUAACAUUUUGUAUUUUAUAAAAUGGUGGUUGUCGUGGGCCGGGCGAUGGCUCUAUGAGUCCAAAAUUUCAAUUAGGAAAAUGUUGGCCAUGGUCGAAAACACCCAAUAGUUAAGUUUCAGCGCCACUGCUCGAUCUCUCGGCCCAUCACAAUAGAGACUUUACAAAACACAAAAUGUUACAGUAAUCCUUGAAUAAUACAGAUUUUACAAAAACGCUUGAAACUUUUGAUGUAUGCCCUGAGGGUGUUCUAUGGGCCAAAAUUGAAGAAAUUCGGUGAUGGUCACCGCAACAAUGUCCGGGCCAUGUUUCACUUUGUAAAAAAGUCCGUUUCAAAGACAAUCGGCAGUUGAAAGCUAAUUUUCAACUUUUGACAUUUGCAUUUUAAGCCCUAAGAUCUUGAGGAAACCGGAUAUAAAGACUGUAAUUUUAGAUAUGGCUCCUUUGUUCAACAUCAACGUCGGCCAAGUUAUUUGUGGGGCAUCGUUUUAUCUGGAAGAUUUUUUUAUGAGCCGGUAUGAAAACUUGCAUAAGUAUAAUAUGGCGGUCAAACCUCGCCGUUUCUGGUAAUAUUAUGGCGGGCGCACGCUUGCGGGCAACCACUUUGCGGGCAAAUUUUUUGCGGGCAGCCACUUUGCGGGCAGCCUGGGACACUUGCGGGCAGGGUCGACAGUUGCGGGCAGCCUGGAAGAUUUGCGGGCAGCCGACACCUGAUUCUGAGGGUAACAGGGUGGUGGUGGAAAAAUUACUAUGAUAUUUUGGAAAUUUGCCGACAUUUGCGAGCAACCGGCGCUUGAGAAUAACAAGGUGAAGGUUGAAAAAUUACUGCGAUAUUUUGGAAGUUUACCGACAUUUGUGGGCAGGCAAUACUCGCGGGAAACCGACAUUUGCGGGCAACAGUUCCAAAAGUUCCAAUACAAUCUGUAUGAUUGUUUUUUCCUGUUGCCCGCAAAUGUCGGCAAAUUUUCAAAAUAUCGCAGCAUUAUUUCCACCUCCACCCUGUUACCCUCAGGUGCCGGUUGCCCGCAAAUGUCGGCAAAUUUCCAAAACAGCCCCCCCCCCCAAAAAAUUUUGCCCGCAAACUGGUUGCCCGCAAAGUGGUUACCCGCAAGUGUCGCGACGCCAAUAUUAUUACUACUUUCAGCUUUCCGAUCCAACCAAGUGUGAAGAAGUUUUCCUGCUCUGUCUCCCUUGAUUUUAUAAUCUCAGAUGGGUUUUAUCAAAACGUUUUCGAAGAGAUGUCGACAUCACUUCCAAAUUUGGAAGAGUUAAUUCUGGAAGGAAUUUGUUGUAAUAUUAAGACACAGCAGGUAACCUUUAAACACAAAAAGCGCAAACCUUAUAUAUUUUCUCAGGACAUCAAAAGUCUAGUACCAGUCAUUGUAAAGCAGAUAUUCGGGAUCGCGGAAUACGCACAUACUGUAACACUAAUGAAUUAUUGUAUAUCGUUUUGUCACACUCUAAAGCCGGCCGUUACCCGGAGUUUUGCUUCCGAAUUCGCAAAAACAAGUCUUGAGGUUAUGAUAGCUGAUGACGAGAACGAACAAGACAUGAUUAUAAUCCAUAAAAAUGUCAAAUUUCUGAUUUCAUUAGACUGGCGGAUUACGUGGUAA